UAUCAUAGUUGGAAACAAAUUGAUUUGAAAUUUGUUUGGAUAUUCAGACACGUUACAUGAUUACGUUUGAUUGAUCUUGACAUUAAUCCGUAAAUCAUACUUUAAUAUCGUUAAAGUGUGCCAUAAGAACACGAGUCGUGUCGCGGCACAUUACACUUCGUGUCCCGAGCGUGAUCGUAUGUAAAUGUCAACAUCGUAGCGUCGAUUUCACGCAUCUAGUAUUCCGAAACAAGAUCCGAAAUGCAUCUCGCUUUAAAUUCGAGCGAGUUGCUGGAAAAAGUCACGGCUAACGAAUUUAGAGCGCAGAAGAAUUAAAGAUCGCGCGGUCAACGGAAGGACAGACUCUAACGAUCUCUCUCACUCUCUUUCUCUUCUCCUUCUUCGACGAGGAAGCCGACGAAAGUGUAACAGCGCAGAUUUCCUAGACCAAGACUGGAUGGUAGUGCGACUAUAGGACUCGGCAAAGACGCAGUCCCUCGAGUCGAGCACUCAGCCACACUCUCGAUGGACGCUCUCGAGGUCACGGAGUUAAACCAAGUGUACCCAAGAUCGCGGUGUGUAUCUAAGGAUGUCGGCGAAAGGUGGAAGGAAAGGUCGCGUGGAGGGAAACGAUGCUGCCGUGUCUGAUAAGAAACAGUUAGUACUUUGUCAGUCUCUCGUUGCCGAAGUGAAUCUUUGCUGUAUGAGAAACUUGGAAGUAAAUCGUGCUGUUAUCUCAAAGUCCCUAAACAAAGUUUUUAGUGUCUACGAAGAGGAGCACUUUUGAAUUUCGAAAGUUUAGUUUUCACUCUACGCGGACAUUUGAGGGAAGAAGACGUCGCUGGUGAAAGGGCAACAUCGUGGCCGCGUUAAUUGAUCUAUCGCGAUACGCGCUUUCUCGGAUUGCCCCGGUGAUUACAUCACUGCGAAGAGCGAAUUAGCGUUAAUCAACGGACGUGGUAAUGAACCGCCAACCGGUGGCGAUAGAAGCCGUGUAACAAGACGCCUUGUGACCCGCUGCAGUUUUCCCGAUGCGGCGACACGUGAGGAGUAGUGCUUCCACGCCGGAUGAACCAAGGGCGAUACGCAGGUGACACGAAGGGCGUCCGAAUCAAACCCGGAUCCGCUCUCGCCAUCGGGUGGAAAACGUGCCCCAUGUUCCGCGAAAGAUUCGAUGUCGCACGUGGCCGCGAUCCGCCGCGGAUGGAUCGAUCGUCUCGUCGAUGCGGAAAAAUCCUAUGCGUUCUCCUUCUAUCCAGAAUGUUGCUCGUCCUCGAUGCCAGAGGUAACGGUACGCCAGAUGUUUACAAGAUACUCGGAGGUGCGCGAACGCGCCAAGAGGAUUACGAUUAUUCGUAUAUGAAUGAUGAUAUAAAGGAUGCAGAAAAUCAAGGAGACAACCUUUACAUUGGUCAUAGCGGUGACCCCUGGAGCACUCCCUCGACCCGCGACAAGGAUAUCUACGUCCACGUGUCGUCGCAGAUGGAUACCGCGUUGAAUAAUACGAGAGCUCGAUCUAUCGCGACGAGUGAGAAAACGACGGGCCAUGCAAGAUUCAAGAGAGGAGUGAUACAUCUCUAUAACAUGGUGGUAUGCGCCACGGGGUGUAAUCCUUUAGCUUACAAGGGAUACGGUUGUUACUGCGGAUUUUUAGGAUCCGGUUAUGUCAUCGAUGGCAUCGAUCAAUGCUGCAAGAUGCACGAUUGGUGCUACGAUGCCACAGAAUGUCCAAUGUUCUCGGAAUACUUUGUACCAUAUUAUUGGAGGUGUUAUCACGGUUACAAACCGGUUUGCGCGGUUGAACAUGGAAGCUGGGGAGGAUCGGGAUCUUGCGCUCAACGUUUGUGCGAAUGCGAUCGCUCGUUAGCCGAGUGUCUGAAAAAAUACCCUUGUCCUACCACCAAAGCAGUAUGUACCUCGUCAGCCUGGAGACUCGUGCAGAAUCUUUUCAUGAUUAUAUAAUUUUUUUUUUUUUUGGAAAUAUCUUGGUCGAAAGGCGAAUCAUACGGUUAAAAAAUACGAUAAACUCAUUUUGCGUAAUUUGCGUAAGGUUUAACUUUCGAGAUAAAAAAUGUUUCACAUGCAACUUUUAUUAUUUAUAUAUGCAUGAUAAAAAACUAAUCACAUCAAAGGCAAUAAACUUCAAUAUCCAAAACGAAUAUUGAUUAUUUCCAAAAAAAAUUGCGUCUUUACUUGAGUCUUUAAUGCGCUUAAAGAUAAAAAGGUCAUAUUA